AUGAGUAUAAAUGAGGCUAGUGUUAAAAUAAAUCGUGAAAGAUCCCCUAAUAGGCUAGUCGCUAAUAAUGAAAACGAUAAUGAAUUGCUAAAGGAUCUAGUCAAGACGCGUGGCAUAUUAAAAAGCAGGCUUACUAAAUUUUCUAAUGCCGUUAGUGAUAUUACCCUCGAACAAUUAACUAAUCAAAAAUGCGCCGAUGUAAAAUUACGCAUGCAAGGUGUUACGAGCUUAUUUACAGAGUUUAGCGAUGUUCAAACAAAAAUCGAAAAAAUUGUACGAGAUUCAGAUUUAGAUUCGCAGCUGACGCAACGAGAAUUGUUUGAAGAUUGCUAUUAUCAUGCACUAGCUCAAGCUGAAUGUUUGCUCAAAUCGGUAGAGGUCACUAGCGCGUCCAGUAAGGGCAGUAAUAGGGCGUCACAGUCUAUAAAACUUCCGACCAUCUCUCUACCUGUAUAUGACGGAACGUAUGAGCAUUGGAUCGAAUACAGAGACAUUUUUCUAUCUCUAGUACACAAUUCCGACGAAAUUAGCGAUAUUCAGAAAUUCCACUACCUAAAAUCGUCACUAAAGGGAAGCGCGGAGUUAGUUAUCGAUUCCUUAGAAUUCUCUGCUUGUAACUAUGUGGUAGCAUGGGAACUACUUCUCAACAGAUACAACAAUAGCAGUCUGUUGGUGCAUAACCACGUUAAGGCCUUAUUCACUAUUCAAAAACUUUCUAAGGAAUCACCACAUGCACUCAGAAAACUGACAGAUAUUAUUCUUAGAAAUUUACGCGCAUUAAAAAUAUUAGGUGAGCCUACUGAGUACUGGGAUACGUUAAUUAUAUUUAUUAUAACGUCUAAGUUAGAUGAAACCACCGAACGUGAAUGGGAACAAUUUAAAUGCACCACACGAAAAUAUAUUAAUGAUAUUUCUUCACUGAAGGUAGAUGAUUUACUCAUGUUCCUUAGAGACAAGGCUGACAUGUUGGAAACAUUGCUAGUUUCACACAGAGUUAACAGUGACGUUAAAACUCAAAACGCGACUUUACAACAAUCGUCACAUUAUCCGUCACAUAAAACAUCACAUCAUAAAGUGCACUGCAAUGUUUCCACCAAUAAGUCACAGCAAGGUCGAAUCACGUCUACUAAGAAAUCGUGUUUAAUGUGUAACGCCGAUCAUCCACUUUAUUCAUGUCAAACAUUUUUGGACACUAACUUAGACGCUAAACUGCAAUUUAUAACCGCAAAUAAAUUAUGUGAGAACUGUUUACGUCCAGGGCAUUCAGUUAGUAUGUGCAAAUUUGGACCUUGCAGACUGUGUUUUAAAAAACACAACACGCUUAUUCAUAAUAACGUGACUGAUCGAGUAGCGGUCGUAUCAAUGCAUCUAGCCGACAACGAAACCCCGGGUUCUAGUCAAAUGACCCCCGCGACCGUCGCACCGCCCGCGCAGUCCAUCCCCGCGCAAAUUCAUUCGUCUCGAUCCACUUGCGAAAUUCGAGGUGUCGGCAACACAGUAACAACGUCAUCACAGAUAUGUGAUAUCGAGAUCAAAUCACGCAUUGACAAUUACUCCGCACGCAUUAAAUGUUUUGUGUUGCCGCACAUUACAUCUACGCUAUCUACUGCUAUGUAUAGUCAACGCGCGCAGUCUUUUAUGAUACCUGACUAUAUACAGCUGGCUGAUCCACAAUAUUAUGAAUCUCAAAAUAUUGAUAUUUUAAUAGGCGCAGACUUAUUUUGGGACUUAUUAUGCGAGGGUAAAAUGAGAUUACCCAAUGGACCCUUUUUACAAAAUACAAGGUUAGGUUGGAUUAUUUCAGGGCCUAUUGAGUUUAACACGCACAAUAUCAAUACGUCUGUCCAAUGUAACUUCACUCAAUCUAUUGACACUCAGUUACGACGGUUUUGGGAGUUAGAAGAGGUGCCUAAAACUAGUGACAUACAGACUGACGAAGAACGCUCUUGUGAGGAAGCUUUCAUUCGUACUACCACGCGCAAUAGUGACGGAAGGUUUUGCGUCAGCUUGCCACUGAAACAGUCGCCAUCUGUUUUGGGUGAAUCUUUGUCACAAGCUGAACGUCGUUUUUUGGCACUAGAGAGGCAAUUAGAACGUAAUUCUAACUAUAAAAAAUUAUAUAUUGAAUUUAUACACGAAUACAUCGAAUUAGGUCAUAUGACGCGAGUAACUUCAUAUGGAACCCCACACUAUUUUUUACCUCAUCACGGCGUGUAUCGUGAGCACAGCAGCACAACAAAACUUCGCGUGGUGUUCGAUGCAAGUGCCGCCACAAGUAGUGGAGUGUCUUUAAAUGACAUUCAACAAGUCGGACCUCCCUUGCAGCGUGAUUUAGUUGACAUCCUGCUUCGUUUCAGACAACAUAGAUACACUGCUUGUGCAGACGUCGAAAAGAUGUACAGGCAGUGUCUCUUAAACGAAUUACAACGCGAUCUCCAGUUGAUUGUGUGGCGUGACAACCCAUCUGAACCGUUAGGUAUUUACCGACUGAAUACGGUAACGUAUGGGACAGCCUCCGCACCGUUUCUUAGUGUUAGGUGUCUAAAGCAGCUGGCACUCGAAUGUAAGGACUCAGCCGUCCAACAAAUAAUUUUAAAUGAUUUUUAUGUAGAUGAUAUGAUUACAGGUUCAGAUGACAAGCAGGAGUUGCUUGUACUCUGUAAGAAGGUCACAGAUGUCUUAAGUUCUGGAGGAUUUCACUUAAGAAAAUGGAUAUUUAAUUUUAAAUGUGAUGAAUUGUUGGUUCAUCAAAUUCCAAAUAAUAACGCAUCACAGGAAUUAACAUUAGGAGAAAAUGUUCAGUGCAAGACAUUAGGUCUUGGAUGGUACUAUGCAUCAGACGAGUUUUAUUUUAAUACUCAAGUUAAAGUUGAUACGUACAAGAUUAGUAAACGAACCAUUUUAUCGCACGUUUCUCAAAUAUUUGAUCCAUUGGGAAUAUUAAGUCCGACCAUUAUAAUAGCCAAAGUUUUAUUGCAAAAACUAUGGUUAUUACAACUAGGAUGGGAUGAUGAGGUACCGCGAGACGUGUUGCGCGCAUGGACCGUAUUUGUAAAGGGCUUAUCAAUGCUUAAUACCAUCCGCAUACCCCGUCAUGUUAUAGCUAACGAAGCGAUAUGUACAGAGCUACACAUCUUUACCGAUGCAUCGCAGACUGCGUACGGCGCUUGCAUCUACGUUCGAACAGUAACUAAUAACGGACUUGUAUCGGUAAAAUUGUUAUGUUCAAAGGGUAAGGUUGCACCUUUAAAACCUGUCAGUAUCCCGCGACUAGAAUUAUGUGGAGCUUUACUUGGGGCUCGACUUUAUGAUAAAGUAAUUAACUCACUUCGUCGUCAUUUUGAUAACAUCAUGUUUUGGACUGACUCGACCAUAGUACUAGGAUGGUUACACAUGUCGCCUAAUUUACAAAAAACUUUUGUACAAAAUAGAACGGCAGAAAUACAUGAGUUGGCGAAGGAACUUCCAUGGCGUCAUGUCAGUGGGAAGGAAAACCCAGCUGAUCUGGUCUCGCGCGGUGUUCAGAUGGAGGACCUUUCAUCUUCUACUUUAUGGUGGGAAGGCCCAUCUUUUCUUCGUCACACUAACUUCAGUUGCAAUAAUGUACCGUUAAAUUCAUUUGACUCUCAGCAACUAUUGCCUGAGCUGAAAUCCAGUGUGACACAUUCCUACGCUACUGAUCAAGACUGCGAACGUACAUUAUUUCCAUUUGUUAGAUUUUCUCAAUAUAGUCGCAUGAGACGAACUGUCGCAUAUAUACAACGUUUUAUCCAUAAUACGCGCAAUAAAAAUACUCAACGGUCAGGUACUCUCACUGUCGAUGAAUUGAGGGAAUCUGAUAUAACUUUGGCUCGACUGUCUCAACUAGAAUCGUUUCCAGAUGAGUAUAGGUUACUCACAAAUAAUAGUACUCUAGUUAAUAAGCAUAAUUUGUCUAAAUUAAAUUUAUUUAUUGAUAAAAAUAAACUAAUUCGUGUUGGUGGUCGGAUUGUAAAUUCUCCCGACUUUAAUUUUGAUAAAAAACAUCCGAUUUUAAUUUCAUCUAAACAUAUUUUCUCCCUACUACUAUUCAGACACGAACACAAGCAGUUGUUGCACGCAGCUCCACAGGCGCUUCUUUAUAACUUACGUGAAACGUGGUGGCCAAUUGGCGGUAGAAACUUAGCAAGGAAGGUUGUUUAUGAUUGCAUUAUUUGUAAACGCUUGAGAGGUAUGACCCCUACUCCCCUUAUGGGAGAUUUACCAAAGGAACGCUUAACUUCGGGCUUUCCUUUUAUGCGUUCUGGGGUGGACUACGCCGGACCAAUGCUCAUACUUAAUCGUAAGGGUAAAGGUGCUAGGACGACAAAAUGCUAUGUGUGCUUAUUUAUUUGUUUUGUAACGCGCGCUGUACAUUUAGAACUCGUCAGUGACUUAUCAACAGAUGCAUAUUUAUUAGCGUUAAAGAGAUUUAUAUCUAGGCGUGGCAAACCAUGUGAGAUUUUUUCUGAUAAUGGUAGAAAUUUUGUUGGAUUGAUGAAUGACUUUAAACAUUUUUUAGCUAAUUGUUCGUCACAGAUUAUAGAAUAUGCCACGGCUCAGAAUAUUCAAUUCACAUUCAUACCGCCUUAUGCGCCUCAUUUUGGCGGAUUAUGGGAAGCUGGAAUUCGGUCCUGUAAGAAUAUUUUACGUCGUAUAGUAGGAAACGCGCACUUAACCUACGAGGAGUUCAGUACAGUGUUGACACAAAUUGAAGCGGUCCUGAACUCCCGUCCUUUAAGCCCUAUGUCCUCAGAUCCACAAGAUUUGUCGCCUCUUAGUCCAGGCCAUUUUCUGGUGGGACGUCCACUUACUGCGCCUGCUAGUGAUGACUUCACUGAGACGCCUGUUCAUCGACUGACACGUUAUCAACGAGUUGAGCAGAUUCGACAGCAAUUUUGGUCCCGUUGGGCGAAGGAAUACGUGUCAGAACUUCAAAUAAGGACUAAAGGAAGGAAGAACACACUUGAACUGCAGCCUGAUAUGCUAGUAGUUAUUAAGGACGACAACCUACCGCCGCUAAAAUGGCAUCUCGGUCGAAUAGUGAAGAUCUUCCCUGGCAAAGACGGCAUCACUAGAGUAGCCGAUAUUCGCACAUCGUCAGGUGUCGUGAGACGCGCUUACAGCAAGAUAUGUCCCUUACUUGAUGACUAAUUCUAGUUUUGAAGUUUUAAAAUUGAAAGCUGAAGCUUUCAAGGCCGGGGGCAUGUUCAAGAUUAGACAUCAUAGUUGUUUUAAUAAAAGUUAAAUUUUUCGCACUUGCAAUAUUAGAACCAUAGAUAUAGACCGUUUAACCGCUAGAAGGUCAAACAUUCAAAUUUUGUUAACGGAUAGAACUACACGCACUUUUGUAUUUAUUUUAAUUUAUUAUAAAACUUGAGGCACGGACAAGCAUUUCAUUUCAACCAAAAGCUUCUCACCUUC